UUUAGGGAGUGUUUGCUGUCACUCAACUAUUGUUCAGUCGAGUCUGGUGAUUGUUGCAUUUUGUAGCGUGCGGUUGAUUGCUUUCCGGCGUGGACAAUAUUUUUUAUUAAAGGGUGCGUUGUUUUGACCGUGGACUCCAAGAACCAACGGGUAUUCUUUUCUACAAGGAUUCUUCUCACCCAGAUUGAAGGCUGUGAGGGCAGAAGGCUACGAUGGCCAUGCAAUUGAAUACUUCGGAGCUGGAUAUGGCUCAUGAUUCCGUCAUGAAGGUGUCUGAUUGGCAGUCUUACGGCUACGACUCUGGAAUCCAGUCUGGCGUCACCACCACCGCUCACUCUCUCCGUGGCACAGCAGACGACGGAGACUCUGAUUACACCAAGAAAUACACCACAACCACCACCACCACCACCUACGCACAUGGAGCCCUGCCAGAGAUGGAGUCCCAGCUUGCAAUGACUCGUGGCCAGCGCGUUCGGGCUGCCAUGUUCCCCGAGACCCUGGUGGAGGGCACCCACAUCCUCUCCACUCAGACAGACCCCAGCCAGCAGACCAACGUCCAGAAGCUGGCUGAACCCUCCCAGAUGCUGAAAACCGCCAUCGUGCAACUCAUUAACUACCAGGACGAUGCCGAGCUGGCCACACGGGCAGUCCCAGAACUCACCAAACUGCUCAAUGAUGAGGACCAGGUUGUGGUGAACAAGGCCGCGAUGGUCGUGAACCAGCUGGCGCGCAAGGAGGCCUCUCGCCGCGCUCUCAUGCAGUCUCCCCAGGUGGUGGCGGCAGUGGUGAGGACCAUGCAGAACACCAGCGACAUGGAGACCGCCCGCUGCACUGCCAGCAUCCUGCAUAACCUGUCCCACCACCGGGAGGGGCUGCUCUCCAUCUUCAAGUCUGGGGGCAUCCCCGCGCUAGUCCGCAUGCUCAGCUCCCCGAUGGAAUCUGUUCUCUUCUAUGCCAUCACCACUCUUCACAACCUGCUUCUGCAUCAGGAAGGGGCCAAGAUGGCUGUGCGUCUGGCCGAUGGCCUGCAGAAGAUGGUCCCCUUGCUGCAGAAGAGCAACCCCAAGUUCCUGGCCAUCACCACUGACUGCCUGCAGCUCCUGUCCUAUGGAAACCAGGAGAGCAAGCUCAUUAUCCUGGCCAAUGGAGGCCCGGAAGGCCUGGUAUACAUCAUGCAGCACCACACCUACGAGAAGCUGCUCUGGACUACCAGCCGCGUGCUCAAGGUCCUGUCGGUCUGUCCCAGCAACAAGCCCGCUAUUGUCGAAGCCGGUGGCAUGCAAGCCCUGGGUAAACAUUUGACCGGAUCCAGUCCAAGACUUGUCCAGAACUGUCUCUGGACUCUGAGAAACCUUUCGGAUGCUGCCACUAAACAGGAUGGCCUGGAUGGGCUGCUGCAGAUCCUGGUUACCCAGCUGAGCUCUACCGACCUGAACGUCCUCACCUGCUCCACGGGCAUCCUGUCCAACCUGACCUGCAACAACGGACGCAACAAGGCCCUGGUCACCCAGGACAACGGGGUGGAGUCCCUGAUCCAAGCCAUCCUGCGUGCGGAGCAGAAGGAGGACAUCACAGAGCCCGCUGUCUGCGCCCUGCGCCACCUCACCAGCCGACACCCAGACGCAGAGCUGGCCCAGAAUGCAGUGCGCCAGCACUAUGGCAUCCCUACCAUCGUCAAGCUGCUCAACCAGCCCCACUACUGGCCCGUCAUCAAGGCUACCGUUGGCUUGAUCCGUAACCUUGCCCUCUGCCCAGUUAACCAGGGACCCAUCAGAGAUGCGGGGGCCAUUACCAACCUCGUCCGUCUGCUGGUGAAGUCUCAUCAAGAUGCCCAACGCCACACCACUGCCAGCUCUCAGACAUACCAGGAUGGUGUGAGAAUGGAGGAGAUUGUUGAGGGGUGCACUGGAGCCCUCCAUAUUUUGGCUCGGGACCCCAUCAACAGAUGCGAGAUCAUUGGCCUCCAGACCAUCCCUCUACUGGUACAGCUCCUGUACUCCCCGAUUGAGAAUGUGAAGAGAGUGGCAGCCGGCGUGCUGUGCGAGCUUGCUCUGGACAAGCAGGCUGCGGAAAUGAUCGACGCAGAAGGAGCCUCGGCCCCUCUGAUGGAGCUGCUGCACUCAAGCAAUGAAGGCAUUGCCACCUACGCCGCAGCUGUGCUGUUCCGUAUUUCCGAAGAUAAGAAUUCCGACUACAAAAAGAGGGUAUCUGUGGAGCUAACCCACUCUCUCUUUAAGCACGACCCCGGUGCCUGGGAAGCUACCCACAGCAUGCAGUUGGAAGGACAGCCGCCAGUGUAUUCAGAUGCAGAAAUGGAGCCUGGCUACCCCCAGUACGGAGGGUAUCCUGCGGACAUGCCUAUGGACCACAUGAUGGAACCUGAUCUGCACGACAUGGUCGAUGGAGGCUACCCCAUUGACGUUGAAUAUGAUCCCAUGUUGAGACAGCCCUACCAUGACCAGUAUAACCAUGCAUAGAUCUGCAGCAACACAGCAGAAGAUAUUGAAUUUCAGAGCAAAGGACUGGGAGCAGACCGUACCAGAGAGAAACUGGAGAAAACAGAAGUGCCUGGGACAAACUUUAUUGGCAACAGCCAAUUCCAUUUGCUCUGGUUCGGGGGGAAUGCUUUAAAGGGAGGGGGGGGGGGGGGGAGAUAGAUAAUAAAAUAAAAAAAAGAUUAAAUUAAAAUGAAGCCAACUUGUAUUUAUAAAGGCUUUUAACAGAUUGUUUUAAGUACUGUGGAGUUUGUCAUGAUUUCCUUUUGUAAUACUGGCACAAUUUUUAUUUUAUAUAAGUUUUACACAGCAUUUUCUUUCAGAUUUAACAAUCGGAAGAAUUUUUCAACGUGCAAUCUGGUUUGUAGCCAUUCGUGUAAGUCUGUUUUGGUAAGGGGGUUGUGGGGUGACUUUAGCUAUGUGUUUGACCUUAUUUUGGGGAUCCUGACCUGCUGGUCUAAACAUGCCUGAAGAAACUGAAUUGAGGUCGAUCUUAAAUGCUGUGAUCAAAAGGGAAGCAACCAGUAUUGUGCAGGCGUGGCAUUUAUCUAUUGAAAUGAUUAUAUCCUCCCAGAUUUUUUUAUACCAUUUGCCUGGGCAGAAUUAGAAACUAAUAUGCUGUACUUGUAAAAUAAGGUUUGUGCAGCUUUAUGGUUGCAUAGGGGAAUUUUUUUUCUUUUUUUUUAAAAAAAAGGGAGUUUCUGCCAAAGAUUUUUUGUUUGUAAUCUGGCUAACAAUUCUCAAUUUUAUUUUCCAUUUUAUAAUUUCUUAAAUAAUAAUAAUUUAGAGCAUUUGGUUCCUUCAUACAGCUUUUCAGCUGAUGUGCAAUUUUACUGUAAUAAACUACAAUGGAGGCUGAAUUGUAAUGCUAACCGUAACCCUCUAAUCUAUACCUAGCUAAUUUUAAACACUGGCCUCCAAGUGAGUUCCAUAUUACCUUUUGUUUUUGUCAUAUAGCUGGUUUCGCAGUGCUAAUCUAGAUUAAACUAUUUUGUAUUCCUGUAUUGUAGCUGUACUUUCAAUAACCACUGUGGCUUUCUGGUUUUAAUUAAACCUCCCAUCAUUCUUUUAUCAUAACUUUGCAGAACCUCCUACCUGUACUCCACAAAUAUCGCUUUUUUUUUUUUUUUUUAAGGGUACUGUUCGAUUGACACAUAUGCAAAAUAACUUUGAACGAUGUACAUUUUGAUUUGACAUUUACACCUAAUUUGAAUGUGUUCAUUAAAAUUCACAGGAGGGGAAAUUUAUUCCAAUUAACAUUUGCAAAGCUAAAUGUUUGUUGAUUGUAAUCUUAAUGCUUUUUUUGUUGUAAAGAUUUAACCUGGUGAACAGUUUUGGGGUUUAUUGUAAUUGUUUUUGUUUUAUUUGAAAGAGGUGAGGGCACUAAUUCAGUUAAGGCAGAUUUGUAAACGAUAUGAUGUGGUGAUGCAGAACACGAAUAAGUGAGGUAUGAAAUGGAAUGUUUCUUACUUCUGUAAGUUUUGUAUAGACCAUAACCUAUAAAUACAUUUUAAAAAAACAA